GAAAUUCCCAAAUGGAUUUCGUUUGAAAAACACAGAGAAGAUUUCCCUUUUGUUUUCUGGAGAAAAUAUGGGGUAGAAAAAAUAAUCUCAUGGAAAUUGAGUCUGCCGUGAGUUGCAUAUGAUGUGUUCGAUGUGGUGCUAUCAUUGAGACAUGGUGUUGCAGAAGAGAUUGGACUAUGGAUUCAGUGGCUAUGAGGUGCCUGCCGUUCCUCGAGCAACCAGAUCAGCCAGGAAAAGAGUUCCAUUUAGAAAGAUAGUUGAAGGCAACCAGAUAAGUGCAUUUGAUUUGCUGGCCACUGUAGCUGGAAAGUUGCUAGAUAAAGAAAAUGAUACUGCUUCAAAUUAUACAUGGAGUGCUGAAGAUCAAUCUGCGGCUGAAACAAAUACCGUAAAAGAGGAAAGGGGGGAUGGUAAUCAGUCAUUGAAGCUAGAAUUUUGCAAUCAAGAUGGCGCUAAAGCUGAGUUCUUUGCUUCUGAACUCGUUUCACAAACUAGUGACUCAAACUAUAGUUCUAAGGAAUCCCCUAGCCUUCGAAAUGGUGCCCUUGUAGCAACUUCUGAUUGCUUAGAAAGAGCUGAUGCUCAGAAGUUGAUGAAUGGAAAAAUCAAGAAAGAAAUGGGAGGUUUGUCUUGUCAUGUAGAGGCAGGUCCCUCUGUGUGUGGGACAUCUGGUGAUGGUAUUAAACCGGUGUCUGAAAAUAAAUUGUUGAUGGACGAGGAACUGGAUAGAACUGAUAAGGCUUUGAUCGGAGAAGUGGCUGAUAAAUGCUCCUUGGAGGAUGCACUGGUCUUGGAUGUUAAACCUCCUGCUAUAGUUAGUUCAGACGGUAGUUUUAAGGCACGUUCGUAUGGGGACCACAAUCCCCUUGUUUCUUUUACCGCAAAAUGGGAUGAUGUAAAUGUAGUUAGUAGAGAUGAUGAUGAAAAAUCUUCAGGGUGUACUCACCCUAGCCCCCUAAGAGAACCAUUUAGGUCAACCCCUCGUAUUGUAGACCGAAGAAUAAGGAAGAUUCUGGCUUCUAAAUACCGGAAAGUAGCUCCAAGGUCGAAGAAUGUGACAAAUUCCAAUUUUGAUGAGAAUUUGAAGUCUGGGUACUGCAAUAGGAGUGCUUAUAAACGCUUAAGAUCUGGAAGGAACUAUCCUUUCAAAAAAAGGAAGUUUUUUUACUGUAGAUCAGAGUCAAAUUCGGACGGAGGAACCAGCAGUGAGGGCAUUUCUGAUUCAUCUGGUAACAACAACAACAGAAGUAUUUCCAUUCUAUAUUCAAAGAUGCAUGGAGUCACCGGAGAAUCAUCUUCACCAGCAGAUCAACACAAAUCAUUCACCUCUAGUAAUUCCCACGUGAAGCUCAGGAUCAAAUCUUUCAGAGUGCCAGAAUUGUUUAUUGAAAUUCCAGAAUCUGCUACUGUUGGUUCUUUGAAGAGGACUGUAAUGGAGGCAGUAACAACGAUACUUGGAGAUGGAUUGUGUGUUGGUUUACUUCUUCAAGGAAAGAAGGUUAGGGAUGACAAUAAAACUCUGCUGCAGACAGGGAUUUCUUGUGAUAAUCAGAUGGAUACUCUAGGUUUUAGCCUGGAGCCUAACCCUUCUCAUACUUCCCCUUCAUUAUGCCCUGGAGGUUCUCCCUUAAAACUACCCCGUGACACCCCACUACCUCUAUCUAGGUAUCCAGCAAAUCCUGGUUUAGUUAACCAGGUUACUUGUGAUCCCUCACCUGAGCCUCGCAAGCCUAAUUUGGGCAACUUUAUUGAAAGCAAUAAUGGUUGUGCAUCCUCACCUACUGAUAUGUUUGACAAAAGCACACAUGAAUCUAAAGCACUGUUAGCUGUACCUGCAUUGAGCAUGGAGACAUUAGCUGUGGUUCAAGCUCAUAAGAAAUCCAAGCAAUCUGAAGUUGCACAGCGAAGAAUUCGUCGACCUUUCUCUAUUACCGAAGUUGAAGGCUUGGUUCAAGCUGUUGAGAAACUUGGAACUGGAAGGUGGCGCGAUGUUAAAUUAAGAGCUUUUGAUAAGGCGAAGCAUCGCACUUAUGUUGAUUUGAAGGAUAAGUGGAAAACUCUACUGCACACGGCAAGGAUAUCCCCACAGCAAAGGCGCGGAGAGCCGGUGCCCCAAGAACUCUUGGAAAGGGUCCUAAAUGCACACACCUACUGGUCUCAGCAGCAAGCCAAGCAGCAGCCGUUGCCGGAGAGCUGCCUUCUCUAUCAUAACUCCACUAUGAUAGCUAGUAGCCGAAGUGAUGUUGACUAAAUAAUCUUAGGUUGAUGAUGAGUUUAGGAGACAUUGUCAAAUACUUUUUUUUCUUAUUGAUUUCUUGUAUUUGUAUCAUGAUUAUGUAAAAAAAAAAAAAGUUAUGCCAAGGAUGAAAUAGUACUAAGAAAUCUAUGUAAUAUUUUAUGGUCUGUUCUGGCAAUAACGAUACUUGUCCCUUUUGUAAAUGGUUGUAAUAAAAGCUUGCUACUCGCUUAGCUGAAUUGAACUU